AUGGGCGGCGGACCUACCACCGGCUACCGUUCGGUCGCCUACUUCGUCAACUGGGCCAUCUACGCCCGCAAGCACCGGCCGCAGGAUCUGCCGGUCGAGAAGCUGACGCACGUGCUCUAUGCCUUUGCCAACGUCCGCCCGGAUUCGGGCGAGGUCUACCUGACCGACUCGUGGGCCGACACGGAUAUCCACUGGGAGGGGGAUAGCUGGAACGACUCGGGCACCAACCUGUACGGCUGCCUGAAGCAGCUCAACCUGCUCAAGAAGCGCAACCGCAACCUCAAGGUGCUGCUCUCCAUCGGCGGUUGGACCUACAGCAGCAACUUCAAGCAGCCUGCUUCCACCCCGGCAGGACGAAGCACAUUCGCCUCGUCCGCCGUCGAGUUGCUUUCUCGCCUGGGCUUCGACGGUCUAGACAUCGACUGGGAAUACCCGCAAACGCCGCAGGAAGCAGCCGACUUCGUCUCGCUGCUCUGCGAGACCCGGGCCGAACUGGACCGGUACGCGGCGAGGGUCAACGGCUCCUGCCCGCCGCACUUCGAGUUGACGGUGGCCUGCCCCGCCGGCGCCCAAAACUACGAGAAGCUCGACAUACCCGGCAUGGACCGGUACCUGGACUUCUGGAACCUGAUGGCCUACGACUACGCCGGGUCGUGGGACGUCGUGGCCGGCCACCAGGCGAACCUCUUCCGAUGCGCGUCCAACGCGGCGUGCACGCCCUUCUGCACCGACGCCGCCGUGACGCACUACGUGUCGCGGGGCGUGGACCCCGCCAAGAUCGUGCUGGGCAUGCCGCUGUACGGCCGCGCCUUCGAGGGCACCGAAGGUUUGGGCAAGCCCUACAGCGGGGUUGGUGAGGGUACGUGGGAGAAUGGUGUGCACGACUACAAGAAGCUACCACUGGAGGGCGCCGAGGAGAGAAUUGAUGAGGACGCGGGGGGCAGUUAUUGUUACCAACCUGCUCGCAAAGUACUGGUGAGCUAUGAUAAUGUUGAGAUGGCGAGGAGAAAGGCGGAUUACAUCAAGCGGCGCGGCCUCGGAGGCGGCAUGUGGUGGGAGAGCAGCGCAGACAAGGAGGGACCGCAAAGUCUCAUUGGCAACGUGGUCGAGGUCCUGGGUGGUCCGCGCGCUCUCGAAUGGAGGGAAAACUGCAUCACGUACCCGUACACCAAGUAUGACAAUUUGAGGGAAGGGUUCCCCAACAAUUAG